CCGCGUAAAUCCAUAGUGCGCAUACUCCUUCGCCCUCCUCCUGUUGACCAUCCACCGAUUUCCUACAUAGUGACUGACUUCCUACUAACAACAACGAGCAGCCCAACCAACCGGAAUUUCUGCAGACACACUCUAAGAAAACUUCCCUGCUUUGGCCAUCAUGUCCACCGAAACUCCUGCCAUCUCAACCCCACCAUCAUCCCACCAACCAACCGACCUCCCAUCACCGAAGCUCGAGAUGGACGAUCAAGGCCCAUCGCCAAUGACCAUGUUGACCUUCUUCAAAGGUCCCUCACGAAACAAACUGGCCGAAAACCCAGUGAGAAAAUCGAUCUGUUUCGGCUUGGUAUCCCACCAUCCCAGUCAACAACCACAGCCUAAUCGACAUGCCGAUAGACCAAGAGUGGUCACCAACUGGAAAUCUGAAAGCGAGACUCAAAGAGAGAUCUUGAACAGUUUGGAGCAACCAGUCUUUUCACCUACUAUGAGCCAUAACAGAUCCUCCUCCUCUCAUUCUCAUCCGACCGACCAACGAAUCGAACCAUUAAACCUAAAAUCGAUUCCCGCCGAGGUCUUACUUCCGUUCAAUGAGAGAGAAAACGAGAUUGUUGAACUGUUGGCUGAACCCCAAAACCUGGGCUUAUAUAAGCGAUUGAAGGAUCGAUUGUUACAAGCCGAGUCCUGGCCGAAGUUUGAGAAGGGGUUGUUGAGAGCAAGUAGAGAGGAGAUAGGAGAUCGCGAAUGGAUCGUCGCCAUCCGAGCGCUCAUCGAGCCACUUGAUGAUCAUCUCUGGGUCAGUUUCCGUGGUUUGAUCGGGGCCGACGGCUUGGAUGAUCAAGAGAGCAAGCCGGCGAAAGAAGAAGACUGGCACGUCCAGCCCUUCAAAGUCAGGCGCUCCUCGAUUCGCUCGACCGAUGGUCGUCGUCGGAUGGAUAGCCACCACAGUCGUUCGAUUAGCAGCGACUCGUCUCUCUCUGGCGUCGGGACUCUGGAAUCGGAUAUGGAGGACUCGUUCAGCAUGGUCAGCCAAUCUCCUCGGGCAAGGAUGGACUCGAUCAAGGAACACGAUUUCCUCGAGUCCGAGCUGGAUGAUCCUGAGGCCCCCGGGUGCGAUAGUCCUGGUAUGAUCCCUCAGACCGGCUCGGACUCCGGCGACGAUCAAGCAGACGACAGUCAUGUCUUGGCCCUCAAAAUCCUCGACGGCCCAUCUGACCCAAUUCCUUCUUCUUCCGAUCCCAAGGGCGACGUCAAACAUGCCUACUGCCUGCUUCCUCAUGGGCUCAAGUAUUCGUUUGGUCAGGUCGUCGAUCAUGGGCUGGGACUCCAAUCCUUGAACGUCCCCGCAUAAAAGAUCCUUAGGAUAUAACAAUCCACUCAUCUUAUCAAAUAGCAUUCUUUUUUUCUAUGUACCUGAAACAUGAUUCUUUUAAAUUUCUUUUGACUCCUACGAUAUAUCGUCACUUGUACACACACUCACAGGCUUAUCUUCUUUUUUACAAUCAUCCCCGCUCAAUCUCUCUCUUUUGCAUUGUCCCUUUUUUCAACUUACUCAGGCUCAAAAUGCAGAUAGUAUUAGCACUCACCAUUAAUUAUUGUUUGGAUUCCUUAUCAUCAGCAUCUUCUUCUCCUUUUUUCUCCUCAAAGUCUUAUAUUCGGAUCUUUCAAUUUUUAGCUCAAGUUUCUUUUUGAUUGCCUUUCCUUUUCUGAAUCCCCCCCAAAAAAUAUAUAUACGUGUAGAUUAUGUUUUGUUGUUGUUGUUGCUGUUGUUUUGAUUUUGUUUCUACUGUCUUUGUGCAAAUUUCUUUCUAUCUUCUUUUAAAACUUAAAACAUGUACGGGUUUUUUGUAAUCUCUUUCACAGAUUACAAUCCCAUAUUCCAAUCAAAUACUCAGCCACCCAUUCCGCCAGUCUUGGCCCACACCAGGAGCCGCACAUGUGCAUGAAGAAGUGCUUAUUUCUUGGUCUUUGCACAUUU